AUGAGUUGUCCAAUGUUUAUGUAUGGUUUAACCGCUGGUUCUAUAAUUCCAUUAUCUAUUGUUUAUAUAAUGCGACCUGAAAGUUUAACGAAUUUAUUUGAUUUUAUAUCAUCUUCAUUAUUAAUUGCAUUUAAUUGGUCCGAAGGUGUUGCUCAACGUUUUAAUUUAAGUAAUGAUUUAUUUUUUUCAACUCAUAAUAAUAUCAAUACAAUCUUACCAAUAAAAAUGUAUAGUUGUUACACAAUUGAAUAUUGGUAUAAUGCAUUUUCUUGGAUUAUUUAUAUUUGUUUUAUAUUAUCAUUAAUUAUAUUUAUAUUAAAUCAACGUUUAAAAAAUUCGAAUGAAAUGUUUUCGAAUGAUGAUGAUGAUGAUAAUAAUAAUAAUACUACUACGAACAAGAUUAUUUUAUUUCUCUCUAUGAAUGAAACAAAUUUAGCAUCGAUUGUUCUUGGUGUUAUAGCCGGUUUUUAUAGUACUAUCUUUCUUCUUUGUCUAUCUGAUGUUGUAUAUUUAAGUAAAGAAAUGACAAAAAUGAAAGUUGAAUUAACUGAUAUACGAAAUAUAUAUUCCAAUCAAACAAUAUUUAAUGGAUCAUUAUUAAUCAAUACUUUAAAUGAUAGUAAUUCAUCAUCAUCAAUCAUAUAUUCUCAUAGAAAACUUUCCGGUCAAAUAUGUUUAUCAUAUAAUGAACAACGACAAAUACUUGAUCAUAUUAAUUUUAUGUGUAACAUGGCUAUACUUAUAUUUGGUAGUUAUUCAAUAUAUAUUUAUGGUCUCGGUACACAUCAUGGUUUACCAUAUCGUUUAAUUUUUUUUAUUUUAAAAAUUGUAACAGUAGUACUAUCAAUAUGGUUGAAUUUAUAUUUUAAACAAGGUUUACCGAGUGAUAUAUUUCUUUAUUUAUGGAUUGAUGUUAAUUGUAUUGCAUCUAUAUAUCGUAGUAUACGUCAAACAAUAUGA